AUGUGACAUUUAAUUUUGGCAUCUGCCAAAAUACCAAGGAGAAAAAGUUAAAUUAUUUUAGUGUGAUCACUCAGUGAACGAGUGCAAAAUGUUGAGGUCUGCGAUUUUAGCUGAAAGCGUCUUGAAAAAUGGUUCCAAGGUCCUUGGUUCCGUACCAAACGCUCGUUGGCAACCUCAGCAACAACAACAGAGAAAUUUAAAUGUCCAUGAACACAUCAGUUACACAUUACUCAAAAAUGCAGAUAUUACUGUUCCUAAUUUUGGUGUAGCAAAAACUAAAGAAGAAGCCAAGAAAAUUGCAGAAAGUCUCAACACAAAGGAUCUUGUAUUGAAAGCACAAGUUCUAGCUGGUGGUCGUGGUAAAGGAAGCUUCAAAAAUGGACUCAAGGGUGGUGUCAGGAUGGUGUAUUCACCUGAGGAAGCUGAAGACAUUUGUGGUAAAAUGUUGGGACAAUAUCUAGUCACCAAACAAACUGGUGAAAAAGGGAGGAUAUGCAAUGCUGUUAUGGUAGCAGAAAGGAAGUUCCCUAGGAAAGAGUUUUAUUUCGCAGUCAUGAUGGAACGUGCAUUCAAUGGACCAGUUAUAAUAGCUUCAUCCCAGGGUGGUGUAAACAUAGAAGAAGUGGCUGCAGAAAACCCAGAUGCAAUUCUCUAUGAACCUAUUGAUGUUAUGAAAGGUCUGACCAAAGAACAAGCAGAAAAAGUAGCUGUCAAAGUUGGUUUAGAGUCACAAAAGGCGAAAACUGCCGAUAUGCUUUUGAGGAUGUAUGAUUUGUUUGUGAAAAAGGAUGCCCUUCUUAUUGAAAUCAAUCCCUAUGCUGAAGAUGCCGGAGAAAAAUAUUUUUCUUUGGACGCUAAAUUCCGCUUCGACGACAACGCCCAGUUUCGACAAAAAGAACUUUUCAGCCUAAGAGAUUGGACGCAAGAAGAUGAAAAAGAAGUAGCCGCCGCCAAAUUCGAUUUGAACUAUAUCGCUUUAGACGGUAACAUUGGAUGUAUGGUAAAUGGUGCGGGUCUCGCCAUGGCCACUAUGGACAUUAUUUCUCUUCACGGAGGUUCUCCGGCCAACUUUUUGGACGUUGGCGGUGGCGCUACCGCUCAAGCGGUAAAAGAAGCUUUUAAAAUCAUUACAGCCGAUCCCAAAGUACACGCUAUUCUAGUCAACAUUUUUGGAGGUAUCAUGAGAUGUGAUGUUAUAGCUGAAGGUAUUAUAGCCGCGGCUAAAGAGCUAAGUCUAAAAAUGCCAAUAAUCUGUAGAUUACAAGGUACCAACGUAGACGAUGCUAAGGUUUUAAUCGCGGCGUCAGGUUUAAAAAUACUUCCUGUAGAUAAUUUGGAUGAAGCUGCAAGGUUAGCUGUGAAGCUGUCGAAUAUAGUCAGCUUGGCACGUGACGCCAAAUUAGAUAUUAAUUUCGAAAUGCCACUCUAAAUUUUUUCGCUAUUUAUUAUUUUACUUGUUUCAGAUUUUAGAAGCAAUUGAAUAUUGAUGUCCUUGUAUUGAAAAUCUUGACUGAUUUUUUCAAGUAAACUCUUUCCAUUGGAAAAACUUCAUCAAAAUAUACAAUAUUCUAGUUAUUAAAUGCUGAAAACAAGUCUUGCAAUCAUAUAUGUUUCAUAUGCUUAGUCUCAAUCGAAAUAUUUAUUACACACUUCUCUGCUUUGUAUUAUCCAUAUCCACAACUGAAAAUUCUGUCUCUUUAAACAAAAAGUUUAUUAAUUCGACUUCUAUUACCCCUUAUCUUUCUUUAACAUUAGAUCAAUAACAAAAAAUACUUACAGAGGCUUAUAGUUUAACCCAUGCGUUAAUUUUCGUCUUUAAAUGAAGAAAAAGUAUAAAAAAUAUUUCUAAUUAGCAUAUAGCAAUAGCAUAUGCUGUUGGAAACAUUUUUGACAAAUGUCUAUCAGUAUUACUGGUAAUUAGAUGUUUUACAUUUGAGACAUGCAGUCUUAAUUUUUUUUUCUGUUGGGUUUUACUUAAAACCAUUUCAGGUGCUUUUGAAGUUUAGUCUUUGGAUUUAUUGGUUACAAACUAAUCUAUGGUACCACAUAUUUGCAAUUUUCUUUGUUUUUUUUUAACAAACGACUCUCAAUUUCAAUCUUAGUAUAAAGUACAAGUGGAUUAUGCAUAUUGUAUUAUAACAUUUCGUGAGUUUGUUUUUGAAUCAGGCACAUGAAACAGAAUAUUCCUUUUAGGCACAUGUAAUUGAGGGUGCUCCUUUUUAGACCAUAAAUGUCCACCUUUGUUCCAAAAUUAAUUUCCAACAUUGUGUCAUAGACGUUCAAUAUUUUCAUUGUAUGAAUAGGGAUAUUUUCUCCAUAAUCUGAAGUACUGCUUUCUCAUUUAGUCUUUUCUUCUAUCCAGGUUUUCAUUUAAGUCUCUUAGAUAAAAUUUGAACCAUAUUCAGUUCAAAACUAUUAAGCAUUUUAGAAUAUAUAUACACUAACAUACGGUUAUAGGGCACCCAAUAAAGAAUAUCAAAGUAAAAUAUUUUUGCUUUAUCAAAGGACAUGGGCCUUUGGUAACGUCAAGUGGGGCACGACGGGUCUAUGUGAAGGCCUAGGUGCUUAACGGUACCUUCGCGCCCACAUUUAACUAUGAAAAGUUUAGCUUAUUUCAUUUAGAGGAUUAUUUUUGAGAUUAUAAACUUAGAUUUUAACCAUUUAGUAAAGAUUUAAUAUUUUGAACCGGUUUAUUCUCGUCAUGGUGUGAAUACCUACUCUCUUGUUUCCAUCCAUGGCGUUCGAAAACUAUAACAAUAUUUUCUGUUUACACUAACAUGAAGUUUUAGGUUACCCAAUAAAGAGUAUCUAUCGAAGCUGAGUUUAAACAAAUGAAUGGUAAUUAAAUCAAACAUCGCUGGGGUCUCCUAUAACCCUUGUUAGUAUUUUAUUUUUUUUUUUCCUAAGGAUGUGCCUAAACUAUGGUAAAUUUCCCGUUAUUGAGAAUUAUUAACAGAUGUAGUUCAGUCCAGUGAAGCUUCCUUAGGCAACUGAGUGACUAUAACUUCAUUGAUUGUGUCUUUAUUCCUCAUAAUAAUGUGGAAUUUAUGUAAAACUUUGAAAGAUCUGUUUUAUUUUAUGUCUCUUUUGAUUAAGUAAUUCCGCUGGGCAUGGUGCAAGGUCAAAAUAUUGCACGUUAUUUUACAUUAUGCAAGACUGUCACUAACAAAAUUUCCAUUAGUAAAAGUAAAUAAAUUCCUAAUCUUAAAUUUAGUUUAUUUUAUUACCGAUUUAGGCUGCCACUAAAUAAAAUUCCAAGAGUAAAAGUAAACAAAUUCUUAACCUUGAAAUUUUGUGACUGGUUUAAAAAUGAUAAUAAUAAAACAAAUAACUAAGUGAGUGGAUGAUCAUAGUCAAUAAUUAUAUCUGCUGCUCCCUUGCUUUUGGACCCUGAAUUAGUAUUGCAUCAUGUCAAGCAAUCUUUAUGAUUUCAAUAUCUGGAUCUAGGUUUUUACAUUUCAUGACUAAUAGUUACUUUAUUUGGAACUAUAUUAGCAGAAACAAUAUUGAAUUUCAAAAAAUUACUUCUAAUAUUUGAAAAAAACUGCACUUUAGGAAUCAAGUAUAAUUUUAAUAUACAGUUAAAAGUUGUCACACUAUUUAUAUUUUGUUUUUUGUAUUAUAAAAUUUAUGUGUGAUAUUAUAUUAAAUAAAUUAAAGAAAUAUUUCGAACAUAAUCUGUUAACGUUAAAAAAAUUUAAGUGUACAUAGUAAUUUUAAUAGUUACCGUUAUCAGUAUAAAAAAAACUAAUUAAUUUGAAUGUUUUACAAUUUUAUUAUUCUUUUUUUAAUUCUGUUAUAAUUAUUUCUAUCCAAACGAUCGGUUCCAAAAGAAAUCACUAAAAUAAAUACAUAAAAAAGCAUUUUUUUCUUAAUUACAAACCCUAAUUAAUAUAUUUAUUAUAUGGUAAAUAAAUUUAGUAAUAUAUUAUCGAAACCAAA